CUUCAGCCUAACCACUCAACAUUCCCUACGCAACGAUAAAUCAUCGAUCAUCGAUCAUCUGCGGAACGACUAAAAUCUCGUAUUGACCAUUAAAUACGUAUCUCUGGUAGUGGGACUCGCAAUGCACCGGCGCUUUUCAGGCCUGCUGUUCACCAGGACAACCACGCGUUGCGUCUCCAGAUCCCAGGCUAUCUUCCAGAGGCCCAUCGCUACUUGUGCUGGCAGAUUAUUAUCCACGUUUUCCGGGGGUGCCACUCGUAGUGAAGUGGAAGGACAGGUCAAUGUUUUUCGAGGAAAUCUAACUACAGCUGCAAACUUCAACCAAAGGGAUACACAGAGGAGCCUGUUAACGGAUAAUGGCCCAACUCGAUCCUUAGAGCAAAAAAAACUGCGAGAUGUGCAACAACGCACUACAUGUUCUAGGCCCGAUUCUCUACGCGAUAACAUAGUCUUCCAGCUUGUCGAUGUCCAGGAGUCGUCACAUGAAUGUGGCGACCUUUUGGUGUACGGUGUUAUGACGUCCGGAAACAGCGUUUUGGCAACUAUCACUGGUUUUAAACCAUACAUCUACGCGUAUCCAAACUCCAUCUCAGGUGAUUAUUGGGACGUGGAAGCAUUAAAGGCGCAUCUUCGUGAACUCGGUCUUAGUGGUAGCGACAUUGAUAUUAGCGUUGUUCUCGAUGAACAGAAUAUGCAAGGUACUGACAGACUAUUGAAACUAACAUUUUCUGGCACAAACGCGCUUCUUGGCAGCAAAAAGCUACUUGAGGAUGCCGGCCUGUACACAUUUGUCAAUCCACAGACAGACGCUGUGACACGCUUUUUGGCUGACCAUCAGUUACCCGGCAUGGGAGGCUGGAUUGAAUGUCCUGCUGAGACUUAUGCGCUCACGGGAACAAGCGAUCAAGUCUCAAGAUGCCAGAUCGAGCUGACCAUCCCUCAUAACGCGUUAAACGCGUCCGAUUCGAGAAUCCCGGAUGCUCCGCUUAGGAUUCUGUACUUUGAUAUCGAAUCCAUGACACGAGAAGAUCCCAAGAAACCAGGGAAAUUCAUCUCCGAGUCUUUACAGGAUCCCGUCAUACAGAUAUCCAAUAUAGUUUCGCACCCAGGGACCAAAGACCCGUUCUUGCGUGUCAUUUUUACUGUUGGCUCGUGCGAUCCUAUCGAGGGAGCUUAUGUUCAAUCGUAUACCUCAGAGAGAGAGAUGCUAGUUGCCUGGCAGGAAUUCAUCCAUGAUAUAGAUCCGGAUGUCAUGACCGGUUGGAAUAUCUUAAAUUUCGACCUAGAUUACCUGAUCACUCGGAGCCGUCAACUGGGUUUUGACCUGAGACUGGGACGGUUGAAAGCCGGCCCUCCAACCUCCUCGGAACCACAAACAUGGUAUAGCUUAAAAUAUAAAGACUGGAUGGGCCGAACGGUUGCCAUUCCAGGCAGAGUGGUGCUUGAUAUGUUCCGCCACUUUGCUUGCAACCAUGACAAGUUCCGUCUCCGGAGUUACGGGCUCGGAAACGUCGCCGCAAAGUUGCUGUGCGAUGAGCCCGAGACGCUGAAAGGGGAUGUUGCAUACAGCGAUAUACCGAAGCUACAAGCUGGCCCAGAUGCUGACUCCUCUACUCGACGAGAACUGGCAGCGUACUGUCUUCAGGAUUCAUAUAUACCCCUCGUACUCCAACAAAAAUACCGCAUUCUGGAAGAGUAUAUUGAGAUGGGAAAGACAAAGCGCAUGCUAUUCCGUCAUAUGAUAUACCGAAAGCGUCCUGUUGAAAAGCUCACAAAAUCGACCUAGACACCCACAGACUAUUUCAUCAUCGGACGUUCUGAAAGUGUUUACGUUCAUAUAUCACGGAUGAACACCACCACGUAUUAGCACUAUCAACGAAUAUCACCUAGUCACCGUAGAAAGGCUAUGCUAAUGUCUUUAGGAUGGAAAGUUUUACGGUCUGUAUGUCAGUUAGUCUAUCAGUCUUCACGAGUUAUCUGGAGAGCCUUAUCCGCUUCACGUUCGACAUGACUAAUAUUCGCU